AGAGCGGGAGAAAAGAUUACAAAAUACCCGAGCCACACUCUUUUUGAAUGUGACACUAUGCUUCUCUGGUGACAUGUGGCUGUUGUUCACAGGAUCCCUUAUACAUCUGCAGUCAGUCGAGAGUUAUAAUCCUAUCGGGUAUCGUUGCAAAGGGCCAAGGGACAGAAGAAACUACACUGUUUUACCUCUGUUAUCAGAAUGCAUCUUACUACAGAAGAGAAAAUAGAGCUUGGAUCCGAUUCUGCAUUUGGAGGCAGUGAUGAACAGCCACAGUUGACUGACAUUGUGGAGCCAAACAUCGACGAGUCUUUAGGACAGACGGUGGAUAAAAGUGUAGAUCUGGUUUACUCCCUCAAUGACAGGCCACCAUGGUACCUUUGCAUUCUUCUUGGCUUUCAGCACUACGUCCUUGCCUUCGGCGGCAUCAUCGCAGUCCCGCUGAUCCUUGCUGAACCUCUGUGCAUUACAGACAACAAUGUGGCCAAAAGCCAGCUCAUCUCCACCAUAUUCUUUGUGUCAGGAUUAUGCACUCUGCUGCAGACGGCCGUUGGAACCAGGUUACCAAUCCUCCAGGGAGGGACUUUCAGUUUCAUCACCCCUACUUUGGCCAUUCUGGCUCUGCCAAAAUGGCAGUGCCCAACCCCAAAUGUACCAGAGUCAUUGUCCAUGCAGCUGCAGAAUGGCACCAGUCCUCUGCCAGGGGAAAGCUCAGAUGAAAUCUGGAUGUCAAGAAUACGUGAAAUUCAGGGGGCAAUCCUGGUUGCCUCCCUGCUCCAGAUUGUCCUGGGCUUUUCUGGACUGGUAGGCCUUGUUCUUAAAUUCAUCGGCCCCUUGGCUAUCGCACCUACCAUCAACCUCAUCGGCCUGUCACUGUUCAUCGAGGCUGGGAAGAAAUGUGGCAGUCACUGGGGAAUUGCUGCUCUCACAGUCUGUCUCAUCCUCCUCUUCUCCCAAUACCUCAGCAAAGUUGAUGUUCCAAUGAUUGCAUACAAGGAUAAGAAGUGGAAGGUUUUCCAAUAUCCACUCUUCAAGCUCUUCUCUGCUUUGUUUGGAAUGUGUGGUGCCUGGCUAGUCUGCUUCUUACUGACGGUUUUUGACGCCCUGCCUUCAAAGUCUAACCAGUAUGGCUACUCAGCAAGAACCGACAUCAACCUGAAUGCUGUGACAAACUCGCCGUGGUUCCACAUGCCUUAUCCAGGUCAGUGGGGCAUGCCCACUGUAAGUUUGUCCUCAGUGUUGGGAAUGAUAGCUGGCGUCUUGGCAUCUACUAUGGAAUCCAUUGGCGACUAUUAUGCUUGUGCUCGUUUGUCUGGUGCUCCUCCACCACCCACUCAUGCUAUCAACCGAGGCAUCGCUGUUGAGGGCAUUGGCUGCAUCCUGGCUGCACUGUGGGGAACUGGGAAUGGUACCACCUCCUACAGCCAAAACAUCGCUGCACUUGGAAUUACCAAGGUUGGUAGCCGACUCGUCCUUCAGACAACCGGUGUUUUGAUGAUUGUUCUGGGAGUCUUUGGAAAGUUUGGAGCAGUUUUUAUCACCAUCCCUGACCCAGUCAUUGGAGGCAUGUUUCUUGUAAUGUUUGGCAUGAUUGCAGCUGUGGGGAUAUCCAACCUCCAGUAUGUUGACCUCAAUUCUUCCCGCAAUCUCCUUAUCCUCGGCUUCUCUACCUUCAGUGGACUUGUGUUACCUACCUGGUUCCAUUCCAAUCCAGGCAUCAUUGACACGGGAAUAAAAGAGCUGGACCAAGUAAUCGUAGUGCUCUUCACCACACACAUGUUCAUUGGUGGAUUUUUCGGGUUCCUCCUUGACAAUACAAUUCCAGGUACAGACAAUGAAAGAGGCAUCCACAAAUGGCAGGAUAAGGUGCAAGAGGAUGGAAAAAAUUAUUGUGAUUUGUCAUGUUACGAUAUCCCUUUCUGCAACAGCUUUCUAAAACGGUUUAAAUGUUUUCAGUAUUUACCCUUUCUCCCAUCUUACAAAACCUCAUAGGAGGGAGUGUCCACAUAAAGAAGUGGUCAUUUCCUGGGUAAUAUUAAUCCCAAUAGUCUAAAUAAAACCAAAAUAGUUUUUACCAUAGAAGUCUAUAUGUUGAACUAAUUAAGUACAAUGCAAGUUGUUGAUUUUUUUAUUAAAUGUUCCGUUUGACUUUGCUGUUGAAAUUAAACAAGGUAUUUAA